UGUACCUGAACAUAAAUCAUUUCGACAUCGCCUUUCAUUCCGUUCCUGCACUGAGAUGUCGCAGCAACUAAAACUAAACGUUACCGGGAUAAAAGAAGCAGCGUUAAUCGAUCAGGAGGAAUCAGAUCGAUGAGAAGGUGAUCAUUAAUGAUCAUCAGCUGAAUCUGAGGCGACGUUAUGGCUUCAUCAGGAACCGUUACGGAUGAACCUCUGAAGCGCAGCAGCAGCUCUGAAUUACUGCAUCCAACCACACAUGGACUCAGGAUUGUGUUGUUUGGAAAAAGUGAUGACAAAAAGGCAGCACUGGGAAACAUCAUUGUUGAGAAAAAAGCGUUUUAUGUCCAAAGAUUCUCUGGAGGAAAACAGUGUGUAGCUGCUCAUGGAACAUGGAACAUGAAACCUUUAACGGUAGUGAAAACUCCAGACGUCUUCAGUCUGUCUGUGGAAACAGUGAGAGAAGAGAUGAAGAGAUGUGUGGAUCUCUGUUCUCCUGGACCAAAUGUUCUGCUGCUGUUAGUGAAACCAUCUGAGUUUAAGGAAAAGGAUGAAGAAAAACUGAAGUUCAUCCUGAGUCUGUUUGGUGAAGACGCCUUCAAACACUCGAUGGUCAUCAUGAUUCAGAACAAAGACAAACACAAUCAGUCGGUGGAAAAACUCCUCCAAGACUGCAGUCAAAAGCAGCACAGCAUCAAUCCGGACAAGAAGGAUCCUUCAGGUUAUGACGUUGAAGAGUUAAUGCAGAAAAUGGAAGCUAUAGUGAGUGACCUCAGGGGAGGAUAUCUGACAUUAACUGAAGAAGCUGAUCAGACAGUGAUGAACCUGGUCCUGUGUGGUAGAAGAGGAGCUGGGAAGACUUCAGCAGUCAACGCUAUUCUGGGACAAAGAAACUUUGGUCGACCUGAAGAUUCAUCAGAGUGUGUUAAAACCCAGGGAGAGGUGUGUGGACGUAGGGUUUCCCUGCUGGAGCUGCCUGCCUUGUAUGGAAAACCUCAGGAGGCAGUGAUGGAGGAAUCAUUCAGGUGUAUCUCCCUCUGUGAUCCUGAGGGCGUCCAUGCCUUCAUCCUGGUCCUACCUGUGGGUCUCCUCACUGAUGAAGACAAGGGAGAGUUAGAGACCAUCCAGAACACAUUCAGCUCUAAAGUCAGAGACUUCAUCCUGAUUUUGUUCACUGUGGAGUCAGAUCCUACAGCUCCAGAAGUUGUUGACUUUAUACAGAGCAGAGACAUCCACGAGUUCUGUCAGAGCUGUGGAGGAAGAUCUGUUGUUGUCAACAUGAAGGACAAGCAGCAGAUCCCAGAGCUGCUGGAUCAAGUGGACAAGAUGAGACUGUCAGAUCAGAAACCUCUAAGCUACACAACAGGAACGUUUGCUCAUGGCCAAAUGGAAAAGAACCUACAGCUAGAAGCAGUCAUCACCAAACAACAGACUGAAAUCAAGAAACUGAAAAAAUCUGAUGUGGUCAAAGCUGAUGAAGAGCAGCAGACCUCAGAGAGUCUCAGGAUUGUGUUGCUCGGGAAGACUGGCAGUGGAAAGAGUUCUUCAGGAAACACCAUUCUGGGAAGGAAAGAGUUUGAAGCCAAAUUCGGCCAAAAGUCAGUCACUAAACUUUGUCAGAAGUCAGUGGGUGAAGUGGACGGACGUCCUGUUGCCGUGGUCGACACUCCUGAACUGUUUGACACAAGUUUGUCUAAUGAUGAAGUAAAUGAAGAGAUGGUGAAAUGCAUCAGUCUUCUGUCUCCAGGACCACAUGUCUUCCUGCUGGUGUUACGUAUCGGCAGAUUCACACCAGAGGAGAGGGAGACAAUACAUUUACUCAAAGAAGGCUUUGGAAAGAACUCUGACAAGUUCACCAUCAUUCUUUUAACUGGAGGAGAUGAGCUGAUGAAGGAGUACCAGUCCAUUGAAGAUUAUAUUGACGAAUGUGACGAUUCCUUCAAGAAGCUGAUCUCUGACUGUGGAGGAAGAUACCACGUGUUUGAUAACUAUGAUAAACAAAACCGAACACAAGUCAGUGAGCUGAUAACAAAGAUCGACACCAUGGUGAAGGAAAAUGGAGGAAACUGCUUUACCAACAAGAUGCUGUAAGAAGCUGAAGCAGCGACACAGAAAGAAAUGAAGAAAAAAUAUCCAGAUGAUGUUUAUAACUUGGUGAAGUGUGUCCAAGAAGAGGGACAACCUGAAAAGAAUCAAGGACUUGCUGACAACACAUGAGAACCAAAUGAAGAAGGCCACAACUGAGGAGGAAAAAAAACACCUGUAGAGUACUCAUGAAAGAGAAAUGAGUGGCCUGAUCCAGGAUCUUCUGAGAGAAGUCGAGUCGAAAUCCUCCUGUUCCACUGGAUGAGGUGAAGCACAAACCGACCUUAACGUUUGUGCUGCAGCUUUCUGCAACCCAAGGUAUAUUUUAUUGUCAAGUGAUCUCAAGCAGCUGAAGAACUUCAUGUCUAUUUUACCAAAAAGCAUGAUUUUAGCUCUACUGUUCAGGGUCUUCAGUCCAUUUGUUUUUGUAAAGUUUUGUAAAUCUUAAUGGCAUGUCUGUUUUAAUUUUUUUUGCCGUUUCAUCGUAUAGAGUUUGAGUUCUGUAAAAAGAUAAGGCGAAAUGAGUCGACAUUUCAGCCUGCAGAAAAUCUUCAUGAGUUUUGUUCCAUUUUCUUCUGUACUGUUUUGUUGGGAACUUUAAAAGAGACUUUGGGGUUUCAUUAAUAAUGUUUUUUAGUUACUUUGAACUAUGAGAAAGUACGCAAUGUUUGUAAAGUCAAAGAAAUCAAAUAUUACAGCAAAUAUCCCAAGUUAAACAUGAAUAACGUUCAAACUGGUCAGCAAAUGCAUCAAAAUGAUAAAACUGAUGUUAGAGAAAUGUACUCUGAUACGUUCCGUUGUUUUGCUACAUGUCAAAUAGUAUUGGAUGCUUUAUAACUGGUUGGAUUAGCUUCAGACACAUUGAUGUUUGUGUUGUUUUCUGUUUUGAUCUUUGCUUUAUGUGUUUUUGUCAUUAAAAGAGUGUUGUAAAAUGCUGAA